GCCGGCAGUAUCCAGAGUCACCAUCGAUGAGGAGGUGCCCCAGGUUGGGACUGGGGCGGACUCUUUGGGGAAGAUCUGACAACUGGAGUGGAGAAAAUGGAAAGAGCUGAGGUCAUCCUCUGCUGGGCUGAAUUCUUGACGUCCGUUAUUGACGGUAUUAAGGAUGCCAAGUCCUGUGAAAGUGAGAUGCUGUCGUAUGAAAAAGACAAGGCUGUGGACGCCGUACUGGAGAGUGAGAUGUGGCAGAGAAUGGAAGAGGAUGACCAAGCGCAGGCUCAGUCAAAACCUGACUGCCAAAAGUUGCGAAGAGUCUGCAGAUGCUGCAGAAAGUUCUUUAAGACCUCCCCCAGCAGUGACUCCGAAAAGGGCAAGCCCCCCAGAGGGAGGUUCUGGCCACGAAGCAAGCAGGUUGAGCCGACUCCAGCGCCACCUCCAACUCCCUCAGGGGGUACCCCGGCAGUCUCGGGAGUCACCAUCGGUUUGACAACUAUCCAGGAGGAAGUGGACAGAGCUGAGGUCAUCUUCAGCUGGACCCAGUUCCUGUACGCAGUAAUAGAAGACGUCAAAGACAUCAGGUCGCAGGGUGGUCAGCUUCUGACCUAUGAUAAGGAUGAGGCUGUGCAAGCCGUACUGGAAAUUAUGGAGGAUGUCAAAAAGCAUCCGGACCCUGGGUUCCUGCUGCGGUUAAGCCUGGACGCCGUCACGGAACUCACCAAAAUGAAGCCGCCUAUGCCCUUCAAUCUCAAGGCAGCAGUCCUCAAUGUGGCGGUGUCCGGGCUGAACCAAGUGGACCCAGGGACCCAGGAGAACAUGGCAUCCUUUAAGAAGAUGCUCAGGGGGCUGCUGGAGGAGGCCCCCUCUGUCUACAGCACCAUUGGCAUCUUGAAGGAGCUCCACAGGUAUAUUGAAUCAGAGGAGCCCCGGCUGCAGGCUCUGGGCCGAGAAGCCUACGUCUACGUCCUGCAGCAUGUGGCCAGACUGCCCAAUGUGGAACUGACCACACACAAGGCUCUCUUGCGCAUUGAAGAUGACUUGACUCAUCAUUUGAUUCAAAGCACCAUCAAAGAUGAUCUUGUCCUGGAGGACUUCAAUGAGGAGGAGGAGUCUGCUAAUUGUAUGAGUAUCAGAAUGGAGCGGGUGGGAGUGGUUGAAUAGCCAUUUGAGCCGGAGACUCAAUCUUUUGUCUUUUUCUUUGGUUUUCUAGGCUGAGAGAGAACAACUACUCCAACAAGAAUAGAACUUGGUUACCCAGUGGCAGUAGAUUCAGGACAGACUGCUUUGCACAAUGCAUCUUUAUGUUGCGGGAUUCCCUUCGAGAUGUCGGGAGUGCCACCGGCUUCGCUUAAGAAUUACGCCAAUUAAUGGAAGAUAGGUCUGUCGAUAGACAGGUGAGCUCUGGGGAGCCCGGUGAAGGAUUGCAGGUAUCCCUCUGAGGGAAUGGAUGCUGAGGAAAAACAGAAGAAAGAACAGGGAAAGGCGGAGAGGACUUGCCCCAGCUUGUGGCCCAUUUUAUCCUCCGAUGCCAAUCUCUGGAAAAAAGAUACUUUCCCCCUGCUUAGUUGCCUAUGUGCCGUGAGCGUCUGGAGUUGCUUCUUGUGAAUGGGUUGGUUGGUGGGUUGGGUAUUUUUCGAUCUCCCCUUUAUGAUACUAGUUGGAAAGAAAGUCACUUCUGCUGUAUUAGAUUGACUGGCCUGGAUCAUGUGACGUUCUUUCUUUCUUUCUUUCAUGACAGGCUAGAACUACUGAUGGAUGGGCUAACAGUCCAAAUUCCAAAACAGCCAUCCCAGUUCCUAGAGGAAAGCUCUCUCUCUCUCUCUCUCUCUCUCUCUCUCUCUCUCUCUCUCUCAUUUUAUUGAAUGUAAGUACAAAUAGCUGGCUCUUUCUUUCAGGUUUGAGGUCAUUCAGUAAUAAGUCUUCCCCAAUGCAAACUCUUUUGAGGGUUACAAUUUUAUAUUUUGUUUUCCCCCAGUGUUAUAGUAGUGUUGCUUGUCAAAGUGAAAGUGGCUCUCAUAUGGAAACCCUGACACCUUCCGUGCACACGUAAGAACAGGAUCACUGGUUCGUGUUCCCAUAUGGAAGUGUACACAAACAUUGAAUGCAGCUCUAAACCAGCCAGGAUCCACCAAGCCAAGUGUCGUCAUAUACGUUGGCCCACCCGGCCUCAAUGAACCUCCUGUCUUGGCUGCUGUCUUUGACUCAGCAGAUCCCCAUUUCUGUCAUCCUGAUUCCAUCCCUUCGGUCUUGUGUUCCAGACAGCAAUCGUGUGUAGGAUCUGUAAAGCUUUUGCUCAAAUUCCAAGCACAGUGGUCUCACCCUACAGACACCCUUCAGGUUACUCCUGAAAUGGGAAACAUGUUCUUUGGCUCUAAUUUCAUUUUCUGACAUUAGAAACCGGAUAGAUCCAAUUUGGAAGUAUUUAUUUUUUAUAAUUUAUUCUAUUUCUAUACCGCCCUUCCAAAAAUGGCUCAGGGAGGUUUAAACAGAGAAAUAAUAAAUCAAUAAGAAGGAUCCCUGUCCCCAAAGGGCUCGCAAUCUAAGAAGAAACAUAAGACAGACACCAGCAACUGUCACUGGAGAUACUGUGCUGGGGGUGGAUAGGGCCAGUUACUCUCCCCCGCUAAAUAAAGAGAAUCACCAAGUUAAAGGUACCUCUUU